AUGUAUUUCACGAGCGGACGUAUCGAUGCGAGCGCGAGCGUAUUAUCGUCGUUGGAGCAUAAAUCGUGGUAGCUACGCGCGACGCUUGAAUCGUUCGCGACCGUUUAGGCGGUUGUGCAAGCUAAUUAUUUUGCAACGAUGUUGGAGAAUUAUCUACCUACAUACUUUACCUAUCAACCUUUCGUGAGCCAGCCGUUUCGUGUGCAAUACGUUAAUGAUUGCCGGCGCGAAGAAUUAGUCCCAUCAAAUCCGCGCGCGAUGUCGUGCGUUUUCUGAGAUAGCGAUUCGACUUGGCGACUGAAUGCAAAUACGUACAAAAUAGUCCAAUGCGACAGUGCCGAUUGUGCGAGGAACGAGUUACUGCGGCGAGUGGCCGAUCGACACCCUCCGCGCGUGGUCCUUUGCGUAAAUUCCUGCAUGCAUCAUUUACACAUCCUAUUCCACUCGUGAUUCACGCGCCCGUCUCCCGCGUAAAAGCCCCGACACGUCGCGUUGCGCGUCUCACGGAGUUCUGUACAAAAUUUCACGAGCGCGCGCGCGCGCGCGAUCGAUCGGUCGAUUAAUUACGCCGUCGUGCACGACGCUGUAAAUCGAGAAACUUCCUCGAAGUGACCGCGCGUCAAGAUCUACGUGGCGGAGCGCGUAGAGUUUCGCGGCUUCCAUCGCUCUUUAGGACGACGAUUACACGGCGCAUUCCUCUUGCGCGUGAGGAACGACGUGGAGAUUAACUCGCGACAGAAUCAUCGACGGGAAAAACGAAAAAAGAAAAAAUAAGAAAGAGAGAGAGAGAGAGAGAGAAAAAGGAAAAUUAACCAACGUCCGGAUCCAUCAGCGUGAUCUACGGGCGGGUGCCUCCUCCGCCGCGGAAUACGACAGCCAGAGUGGGAGAUGAAUUAUAAAGUGGCGUUCCAUGGUGAGAGGUCUUACAGUUACAUUUUGCCCGCUCGCUACUCCCAAGUUGCGCCGUACCGUGCCGUACUUGUGCAGUGAAACGCACGUGCCAAGCCUUCACCGAGUCACGCGUGCAUCUCGAUCGGAUUGAGGAGGAUCGCGAUACGCUACAAGUGCGAUAAUGUCGUAUAGUCUGUCGGCCGGCCCUACAUGCCCAGAGCCCUACCUCGGCCCGAGCCUCGCUCAGGUCUGUCCAGGCUCGCAGUUCUUGACGUUCAUGACAAUCCUGGACACGCUCGUGCGCAGCCAAAACAGAGUUUCUCAGCUGUGCGAACGCGUCAAGACGGCGAAUCCACCCGAGUACUACUACGACUUCAUCGUCGUGGGCGGGGGAUCAGCCGGUGCCGUGGUGGCGUCCAGACUGAGCGACAUACCCGAAUGGAAAGUUUUGUUGCUAGAAGCCGGCCCGGACGAGCCACCGGGUGCCGAGGUUCCCAGUAUGGUGGCAAUGUUUCUGGGAACUGACAUUGACUGGCAGUAUCAAACCAUGAACGAGAUGAACGCUUGUCUGUCGACCAACGGAUCCUGCAGCUGGCCGCGCGGCAAAAACCUAGGCGGUACGUCGGUCCACAACGGCAUGAUGUACAUGCGGGGUCACGCCAAAGAUUUCGACAAUUGGGCGGCCAUGGGCAACAGCGGAUGGAGUUGGCACGACGUCCUGCCCUACUUCAAGUGCUCGGAAAACAACACGGAGACGCGUCGGGUGGGUCGCAAAUAUCACUCGACCGGCGGUCUGUUAAACGUCGAACGUUUUCCCUGGAAGCCCGCGUUCGCCGACGACAUGCUCGCGGCGGCGGUCGAGAGAGGAUACCCGAUUAGCGAGGACCUCAAUGGUGACCAAUUUACGGGAUUCACCGUUGCCCAGACCACAAGCAAGGACGGCGUCCGAAUGAGUAGCGCCUCUGCGUUCCUCCGCCCGCACCGCCACCGACGCAAUCUACAAAUCGCCCUGAACGCCACCGCCACGAAGAUCAUCAUCGAGAAUCAGAGGGCCGUCGGAGUGCAGUAUUAUCAAGAUGGUGAACUUCGAGUUGCCCGCGCCGCAAAGGAGGUAAUCGCCUCCGGUGGUGCCGUAAAUUCGCCUCAACUGUUGCUACUCUCCGGAAUCGGGCCGAAGGAACAUCUGCGCGCGGUGAACGUCACGGUAGUCAACGACCUCCCGGGUGUCGGGGAGAACCUGCAUAAUCACGUGUCGUACACUUUAUCGUGGACCAUCAAUCAGCAGAACGUGUACGAUCUGAACUGGGCGGCUGCCACGGAAUAUAUUGCCUUUCAGAAAGGACCGAUGUCGUCGACGGGUAUGGCGCAAUUGACCGGAAUACUGCCGUCGGUUUACACGACUCCGGACCAUCCGGAUAUUCAGCUGUUCUUCGGCGGCUAUCAGGCGGCCUGCGCCACCAGCGGCGAGGUGGACGCCACCAUGAACGGGGAUGGUCGCAGCAUCAGCAUAUCGCCGACGAAUAUACAACCGCGCAGCAAGGGUAACCUCCGUCUGGCUAGCAACAAUCCCCUGGAGAAGCCGAUCAUAUGGGGCAAUUACUUGAGCGACCCCAUGGACGGGGCGAUCCUCGUGGAGGGUAUCGAGGUCGCGUUGUCUCUCGCCAAUACCAGUGCCAUGGCCAAGUACAACAUGACUCUGAGCAACAGGCCGUUGCCCGCGUGCUCCCGAUUUCCGUUCCUCAGCAAGGAUUACUGGAGCUGCGCGGUGCGCCAGGACACCGGCCCGGAAAAUCAUCAGGCGGGUUCCUGCAAGAUGGGGCCGCCGAGCGACCCCAUGGCCGUGGUCGACCAUAAAUUGAGAGUGUACGGCGUGAGGAAUCUCCGCGUGGCCGACGCGUCCAUCAUGCCGCAGGUAACGUCGAGCAACACGGCGGCACCGACCAUGAUGAUCGGCGAAAAGGUGGCCGCGGACAUCAAGUCCGACUGGGGUGUCGGGGCGACACAAUGUUCCCGGCCGACGAUCGACAGUUCGCUGGACCUGCUGCUUUGGGGGAUCAAGUACAUCGAUUGGGAACAGGCUAUAUGGUAGCCCGAGGUGUUCGCGAUCGAUCUCACAUGAUCCGUCGUCUUUUCUCCUCCCCCGCCCCUCGAUCGUAUCGCGAGGUGCCUAAGAAAGUCGGUGUGAACGCGACCGAAGGCGAAGGACCCUCCGGAAGAGACACGCAGGGUGCAAUUUCCUUUCUCCACGGCGUCGCCAUCUCCCUCGAUCGUGCGGGGGCGUCGCAUCGGAUCCUACUAAUUACACGCUGCAGCGUGCAAUUGUUUUCACUGACUCGUAGUGAGAGCGGGAGAGGGAGAGUGAGAGAUAGAGGUAGAUGAAGAGGGGAAAGAGAGAAAGAGAGUCACGCGAUCGAACUGGAAUAUCGUCGUCGUCGUCGUCGUACUGCUAUGCUUCACUUUUCAAUUAGUUAGUAAUUUCCCGAGAUUUCCGGGUGAAUUUCUCGGCGCGUGACGCGUGGCUUUUCACGAGAUCCGAGAUCGGCCGAUCAGUGAUCGUUUGACCGCGCGGACGUGCAUCUCUCCGUUAUGUUAAUUUACGAGGAUUGCGUUACUGCGUGCACCGUCGCUGAUUCUCGACGAGCCUACGAUUGUGUACUCGAACGUGUCCCGAUUUGCCGUCGUUCGAUAUCACGUAUGUGUUAAAGUACGCGUCGUGUUUAGACUUAGGAAGAGCCUGCCAACUACACGUGUACCACGUAGCGCCGGCGAUCUCCGCCGGCGCCGAGAGAGAGAGAGAGAGAGAGAGAGAGAGUUUCUCUGGUACUUCCUUAGUAGCGCUUAAUGUGUAUUAUUCGCGUGGGAACGUCCUGUCGAAUGCGAUGACCAAAGACAAAUUCCCGGUACCUGGUUAACGAUCGACCGAGCACGUCGACGAAAAUGCGCGCGCGCGACAGUCGAUCGUUCCGACGGAGGAAUAUAUAGGAAACCAAGUGGAUUAUAAAUAUAGAUAGCUCUCGGCCCCGUUUGCUUGUUCGCGAGGCGCGCGAAUAUAAAUCAAAAUACUGUAAAUAAACGAGAUUGCAUAAUGA